CAAAAUUCUUGCGCCGUUAACACAAUGGAGUUGCAAAGAAAGCGCAGUUUUAACACAUCUACAGUAUCCCAUGACUUUAGAAAAGAGUUCAAGGGCUCCUUGUAGGUUAAGCUUCAAUUGCCUAACUAACUUGAAUAUUCAAUUUUUCAGUUUGGAAACCAAAUACCGUAAAGUGAAGAAAGACGGAAAGAAGAACGGACUCAAGUCGAUUGCUGAAUGGCUAUUCACAAAGACAUCUGCCAAGAAAAAUGGAGCACCAGUGACGUCAUCAGCUGAGAAAGUUUGUGCGAAUAUGGUGACAGUUAAAGAGAAGCCAACGUAUUUUGAUCGCAUCCCAAAUGAAAUUCUAUUUGAAAUUUUGGAAAACUGCAAAUCCACGGAGCCAUCCACUGUUCUCGCUGCGCGAAGAUUAUCCCGACGAUUUAAUGCAUGUAUGGAUCAUAUUGCUGAUGUUAAAAUUAAUGUGCUCUCCCGCCUUGUGAUUUCUGGACUCGGAAAGAAGGGGAUUGAAAUGCGAUGGGUUAGCUAUGAAGGUCAGAAGACAAAAACUACAGUAGUCCCAUGGAGUACGGUUAGAUCACCGAGAAGUUCGUUUGAGUUCAACUUUAGACGAUUUGCAAUUCAAAGAAUUCUGUUAAAGAAUGUUCCACUUUCGGAUGAUUUGAUCGAAUUUCUGCGUCGCCAAUUUCAGUAUGCAGAUCUCACAAAACUGAUUCAACUUUCCCUAUCUCAAGUUGAUUUCUCAUUAUCCAACUGCCUCUCCCUUCAUCGAUUCCUUGCCCCUGUCGCAAAAACACUUGAAAUCUUCGAAAUCACUCAAUGUACUGGAAUGCGAGCAGAUUCGGUAACUGACGAGCAUUUGGCUCAACUGGAUGCUCCAACGGUUCGUAGAAUUUGCAUUGAUGGAGUACGAUUCGCGUCGAAUGCCACACGUAAUCUGGAUAUUGGAGACGGAGCAUUGAGACAUUUUGCAAGACUUGGAGCAUUUCCAACAAUGAUUCUGGAUCGAUGUGCAGUUACAACUAAUACAGUAUGUGAUUACACAAAAGAAUGGUUCGAGCAGUGUAAUGAAUCGGAAAAGCAGUUGAGAAGUCAAGUAUGCACAGUCAAGAGGUGUCCAAAAGUUAAAGGAUCUCAAUUUGAAUCCGAAUGCCUUCGACGUGGACUUCGAUGCAAAAAUCGCCGUGGCUCGGGCUCAUUGACAUUGUAUAAUGUGCAGGAGGAAAAUACAAAACGCGAAUUUACAAUUGCUCUGGCAGCUCUUGAAGACAAAGAAUUGGCUGAAAAACUGAAAAUCUCCGAACAAAAUUGCAAUAAUAACAAUCUUCUGACUGUUCCACCUUCCUUCCAACUUUAAUCAAUUCAUAGAAUUUAUUUUCCAAUUGAUCCCCCCUUAUCUCUCGAUUUCCCAAACAUUUUGGGUUUUAGAAAUUGUCUUUAUAAGACCACAACUUCAAAAUGACGUGUGCCUACUUGUAUUUGUACUUGUAUAUUUUCUUGUUUCGGGUUUCUAUUUUUCUAAAUUUUCGAAUUUCUGAUGAAGAUUUCAUCGUU